GGGGACUUCACAUUUGCCUGUGGCUUCUACAUCCCUUACUUGGCGAAUCUCAUGUGCGGAGCACAUCGUGACUAUCACGUUGACACAUGCUUUGAGUUCAAAACAAUUACUGCACACAACUCCCAGCCUCGUUAGCGGUCAUGUCUCAGCGGGCCGACUCUUCAUCUGAACAUCUGAGUGUGUUUGGAUCGCUCGAGAUGGCCUCUGCAGACGGGGAAUCUAUCUGCGAAACAUGCCGCGAGAUCGAUUUCCACCACCUGCUUCAUCAUGCUCGAUACGAUCAUCCUCGCUUUGCUUCUUUGUAUCCAUCUAUACCGCAAAAUGUUCGAUAUUCGCCUGAUUGCAAGCUCUGCAGUCUCAUAUCUUCGGGUACCCCUUUAGACCACUUGGGAAAGAUGUUCGAGCUGGGUUCAUUCUUCAACGCCGCGGCCACUGGUAUUGUGCGGAGUACUAUCGAGCUGAGAAUUUUCCUCCCAAAUCGUAUCGGUCGCUUCACCUCACCAUCUGGUGCCGUGUUUUGUAGAUUGGCUAGCGAUGUUUCACAGAGUUUAGGGUGUGUCCAACCCGCAGACUUGUCAACAAUCAAGCCAAGCAAGCUGGGUACCCCAGCUUGGCUUGAUUGUUGGGUGCCUCUACUUCAGCUUAGCUUGAUUGGCUUGGUGGGUUAAAACAAGCCAGCUUGAUUGUUUGGCUUGAUUGGCUUGAUGGUCAAAGCGUUUUUGAGGCUAUACAAAUAGGUGGUAUUGGCUAUAUCGUGACUUUUUUUUAGAGUUGAGUUUCCGAAUCGCUGUUAGUAUUGCUGCUGUCUCCAACGUCCCACGCGCUUACGCCGUACAACGCCUCUAUCUCAUCGUCAGUUAUAGAGUUUCUGUUGUUGAGUUUAUCGUCGCCUAGACCAGCUGUACGCCACCGUCGUACGCACUGUAUUGCCGCCAGAAGUCGUGGUUGUAUACCUCGUCGGCGAGGCUCUAGGAGAUCACCC